UAGCAACCAGCGACCAAUGCGAUUCGUGAACGUGAGCGCGGAUAAAGCGAUUUAUUGUUGUGUUGAUUAGAGCAGCGCUAACUGUGUGUUGCACUGUGAAGUUCUGUUUUUAGACAUUGAAACAAAAACCAGAAUGAGUCUGUCUGUAAGAACUGAGCUCGCAGGGGACAAACCCAAACGCAAGAAGAGGAGAGAGCUCACUGAAGAUCAGAAGCAUGAAAUUAAAGAAGCAUUUGAUUUAUUUGACACGGACAAAGAUAAAGAGAUAGAUUACCAUGAGCUGAAGGUGGCAAUGCGAUCUCUUGGGUUUGAGGUGAAGAAAGUGGACGUUCUGAAGAUCCUCAAGGACUACGACCGGGAGGGCAACGGCAAGAUCACAUUCGAGGACUUCAACGAAGUGGUGACCGACCGCAUCCUGGAGCGGGACCCCAAGGAGGAGAUCAUGAAGGCGUUCAGGCUCUUUGACGACGAUGAGUCGGGGAAGAUCAGCCUGAGGAACCUGAGACGAGUCGCUCGGGAACUCGGUGAGAACAUCAGCGACGAGGAGCUGCGCAGCAUGAUCGACGAGUUCGACACCGACGGAGACGGAGAGAUCAACCAGGAGGAGUUCCUCGCCAUUAUGACCGGAGACUCCUGAGGAAUCACUGACUGACAGAAGCUAAAUGACAUCCAGCUUUUCCUUUGUGGCUCUGAAGUGAACUGGACUCAUUCAUUGACCUGGAAUCUUUUUUUUAAUUUAUUUUAUUUUAGUUUUGAUUUAGUUUUAUUUAUUACCUGGCAGUGGUGGCGGUGAAGAUCAGUUACUCCUGCAUAUGCAUGACGCUGCUUUCUCAUCUGGACUGAUCUUCGUUUUUAUCACACUUGGUUCAAAAUAAAAUGAUAUAAAGAGGGAAGUGUUAAGAUCUGUGGGUUUGUUGUUUCCUCUGACUUGGAAAAGGUUAGUUAAAAAGUCAGCAGAUCAUUUCUAAAAGCGGCUGCAUUUCAUAUUUUACAGUUACUGCUUAUAUUUGUCAGGAACAUGUAAGUGUUUGGAUUUGCUAUUUAUUUUGUUACACAAUAAGUUUUUGUGACAUUUUCUUUAUUAAGACCUGACUCUUACUAAACUCCUGCUUGCUUUGCAAAUGUGCUCUGCUUCAUAUUUAAAACCAGAAAUCCUGCUAGUGAGCCGGAAAUGAUUGACUGAUUAAUGUUGGAAAAUUACCCAUAACUCCCUGCAGUUUUCCACUAGCCUGUAAGAUUUGAAUUUGUCCGGUUAUCGUCUGUUGAGUUUUAUCUUUUUCCUUCCUGUUUAAAUGUUCUCAUCCGCAUUUCAGUGAGAAGUUCCAUUUUCCGACAAUGUUUUUUACACUCAAACAUUUCAACAAAAAAAUAAAAGACAACCCAGAUGUGGGAAAAAA